GAUUUGCGUUUGAACAAAGACAGUCGAUCAUCGUAUUUCACAAAAAUAAAGAAAAUUUAAAAUCCACAGUAGAAUUAUCAUUGAUUUUGUCGACUUGGUGACCUUCAGCGAUCCACUAAACUAUCGGAAAUAGAUUAUUUGCUAACGGCCAGACACGGAUAACGUUGGAAUUUCACAGAAAUUUUGUUAAUUGUACGCAAAAGUAGAGAAAACAAGUGCAAAGGAUAAAAUGGGUCUUUUCGGGGCAAGUUCAAUAUAUGACGCAGAUGUUGAAAAGGCAACCAGCGAGAAAAAUACAACAGACAAAUGGGAUUUGAUAAUGGAAAUUUGUGAUAAAGUCGGACAUAAUCCGGCCAAUGCGAAGGAAUGCCUCAGAUCAAUUAUGAAACGACUAAAUCAUAAUGAUCCGCAUGUCGUUAUGCGAGCAAUAACGCUUUUGGAUGCAUGUGUUAACAAUUGUGGCAAAAGUUUUCACCUGGAAAUCGCUUCGAGAGACUUUGAGACGGAAUUUAAGAGACUUUUAACGAAACACUCCUCUCCGGAAAUCUGUCAGAAAUUGCGUCUCUCGUUGAAAAAGUGGGCGGAAGGUGACUUCAAAUCUGAUCCACAGUUGAAUCUUAUUCCGUCGUUGUACAUGAAGCUAAAAAGUGAAGGUUACGACUUUAGCGAAGGAAGUCAGCCACAGAAGAAAACCGUUGAGUUAAGUAAAGAUCCAAACGUGGUGUCUAGUCAACAAGAGGAAGACGAUAUCGCAAAAGCCAUUGAGUUGUCGCUGAAAGAAACUAAAAAUUCGCCCAAAACAUCAUCAUAUAAAACCUCCAAUACUUCAAACAACACGCAAUCAUCUUUGUAUCCUUCGAUGUCCUUGAACUCAGGUGGUGCCAGUUCUGCCGUUGCCGCGCCCGAGCCACGAAAAGUACGAGCAUUGUAUGACUUUGAGGCUGCCGAAGACAAUGAACUGACAUUCUUCGCGGGAGAAGUGUUGUUGGUUCUCGAUGACUCCGACCCCAACUGGUGGAAGGGUCAAAAUCAGCGUGGCGAGGGACUGUUUCCUUCGAAUUUCGUCUCGGCCGACUUGAGUGCUGAACUGGAAGCUCCAAUCAAGUCUGACAAAAAUAGUAGUAAGAAAUUUGCCCAAUUUAGCGAAGAAAAUGGCGAUCACGAUCGCAAAGAUGAUCCCAUUCACAUAAAUGAGGACACGAUCGAUAGGCUUUUGCAUUUGCUACACGAAGCUGAUCCCGAGGAUCCGUCACAGGAUACCGAUGAUAUGUUGCGCUUGGAGCACCAGGUGAACCAAAUGCAUCCCUUAAUUGAUCAGGAAUUGGAACGAGUGGACCGCAAACAUGCGCAACUCACGCAAUUAAGUUCAGACUUGGCAGAAGCUGUGGGCUUGUACCAUCAAUUGAUGCGAGACGAUCGUGGCUACUCGGGAGGAUAUAUUCCAUCAAUGGCGCCACUUAGUAUGCCGCCGCAACAUAUGCCGAUGUAUCAUGAAAAUGGAAGUGGCCCCACAUCGAUGUACAAUCCAUAUCAAAUGGGAGCGAUGCAAUCGGCUUUGCCACAAAUGGCACCACCAUCUGCUACACCGCCUUUUCAUCCGCAAAAUUAUCCAGGUGCACCGCAAGCAUUUCAUUCGCCCGUUCCCCCACAGCAUCCACAACAAAUGCAUAACGGACACAUGGCCACGAACGGAAACAGCUACAUGAGUCCUCAGGCACCUUUGCAGCAGCCACCACAGCAGCCUGGACCACCAAAUGAACAAUUGAAUUCCGGUAACUUUGUGAAUCAACCACCACCACCACAACAUUUCGCGAUGAACCCGAAUAAUCAUCAGUCACCUAGUCAUCAUCCCCAAUAUAAUCCACAGCAGCAUCCAGGAAUGGCACCUCCUCAAAUGCAGCCUGGUCAAACAAUAUUACCUGCUCCGCCCACGAACAUGAUGCCGGGCAGUAAUCCGGGAAUGAUGUACCAACAGCAUCCAAAUGGUCCUCAGAACAUUCCCGUUUAUCAACAACAGCGAUAGAAAUGCAAACAUAUUUUUACUAGGCCUUGAUGACUCAUUUUAUUCUUCAAUAUAUUUUAAAGAUUUAUAUAAACUUUGGAAAUUUUGGUCCCGGACCCAAAUUCUACAUAUUCUCAAAAUAAAUAUCUAGACUUAAGUAUGUUGCAUAGGAAUCAGUUAUGAAUUAAUAUUGCUAUUUAGGCCGCUUUUAAUUUUUUUUUCAACUUUUUGUCCCAAUUUUUGAUCGUUUUUAUUAAAAUUUGCUAUUUUAAAGAUUUUUCAAAAAUCUUUCAAAAAUUUUUUAAAAAAUAUAUAAAAAAAAAAAUAAGUUCAGUGAAUAAUUUGAUUUGAUUUGAAAAAAAAAAAAAAAAUUUAAAUUUUAAAUACCUAAAUAAAUAAUUUUCGUACUUUGAAAUUCUUUAAAAAAAUUUGAAAAAUUCAAAAAAGAACAGAUAACUGUGAUUUUUCAUAUAAUUUUUGUUUUAUUGUGCUUCAUUGUAUUUUUUAAUUUUUCAAAUGGGACAAAAAAUUAAAAAAAAAAAAAUUGAG